GAAAUCAAAAUGUUGGCCUCUAAAAUAUGUGCUGCCCGGGAAUAUAAAACAAUAAAUUUGAUGAGCAUAACAGGUUCGAAGUUAGUGCAGUAGACAGUAAACCUGAUUAGAGAACUCUGUUCGGAGUUGUCAUUUUGCUUUAGCUGCCUGUAGCACAGCCUGUGGGGAGAAUCGAAAGUAAACCUCUUUUUUGGAAAAUGUCGUCUCCGUGUGGCAAGUGCAACAACUGUCCCUGCGGCACUAGCGGCGGAGCUCCGCCCCCUCAGCAGCCGCCCCACCGCCCGCCGCCCUCGUACGCCCACCAGCCGCAACAGCAGCAGAUGCCGGACAGCUGUCCGUAUCCGGGACCCCAGGGGUAUGGUGGAGGAGCGGGUGGCUGCCAGGCUCAGGGGGCAGGAGCUGGGGCAGGUGGUUGCCAGGGCCAGGGGGCAGGAGCUGCACCCGUGGCAGGUGGUUGCCAGGUGAACUCCUACCAGCCGCCUGGUGACCCUGCCCCAUGCAGCUUGUACCAGAACCGAGGACAGCCGACCGUGGAGUGCACCUGCACACAGAACCGGAACCGCAACCCCCCGACCGCCGUCCAGGCGGACCACAUCACCUGCAGCCGGGGGCCCCGGGAGCAACCGCCCGUCAUGGAGACCCGCUGCACCUGCCACGAAAAGCCGGCCAAAAUGGAGUGCUACUGUGCGCCGCCUGUGGCCCCGCCUCCCAACCAGCAGCAGCAGGCUAUGGCCCAGCCCACCCACGCCAACGUGACCUGCGGCCAGAGCCUGCCCAGGGGUCCGCAGCCCUAUCGCAACCAUCACCACCAGAACCAGAACUCGUGCGGACACUGUCGGUCGCAGAAGAAGCAGAAGAAGUGCAUCAUCCAGUGAGGGGAGGCGAUAGAUCCCAGCAGGCGCUACUGAGCAGGCUACGCAGACCCCAAUCACUCACAUCAUGACAGUUCUCCAAAAUUUUAAAUCAGCUAAAUUUCCAGUAUUGCAUUGCUUUCCGGUUCAAUAAAGCCAAUGUGACCGCCAA